UCAAAGUCAGCUCUGGUAAAAGGGCACAGACAACACUGCAGAAGAUUUCAAAACAUUAGUCCACCUCAUAGGAGUGGUGGAGACAAAGGAAGCAAAAUCAAAGGUUAUCUGAGCAGAUGUCCUGAGUGUCACUAUGGAACACAGUCUUCCAACAUGAGUUUGUUUUUCUGAUUCCUCACAAAUAAAGCUGCCUAUAAUCCUGUAAAAUGGACUUCCUUCAGCUCUUCUGGAAGUCACUGUGGGAGGGAAAUAUUCAUCAUUUCCAGGUUCAGGCUGUUGAGCAGAUUAUAGUGUGUGGCAACGAGAUGGGAAGGUUCUGAUGUGAUUUAUGAAGAACAUAUUCUUCUCUUGCAUGCAGCCUGGUUUUGUAAGAAUACUUCUGAGCUAAGUUGGUCCUCUUUUAUACUGGCACAGUUCUGCUGCCUAUGUUCUUGAUGACAGCCUUGGUAGUAAUGUAAGAGGACUUCACACUUUGCUGAGAAAGAUUUACAAAGAUACUGUAAUUACAGUUAAUGUCCAUUGCAGGUGUACACAAACAGACUGACUUACUGGACUCUCUUCACACAAAAUUCAUGCAGCUUUUGGCAUUAAAUCACCAUGGGAUAGCCUGAAUCCAAGAGAGAAGCUGAGUGAAAAAAUUUAUUUCUGAAGAACUGUGCUAUAUGUCUAACUGUAGUCUAUUAAAGAAGGAAUUCCACUGUUUACUCUUGAUAUGUGAGCUAAGCAAGAAAUUAAAUAUUUCAGAUAGUAACCAGCCCACUGUUUUGACUAUAUAACAAAAAACACUUUAUGACAGUACAAAGUUGAUAGUCUGUGGCCAGAGACUGAUCUGGUGCAACUGGAAGUGGUUUAGAUGAGACUCUGACAUCCCCAUCCUUCCCUUUUACAGGAAUGCUGGUUGUUUCUUUCAUGUUCUCUUUUUGGCUAGGCAAGUGACAGAAUUGCACUUAAGAGGUCAAAGAAGCACUCCACAAAGACACAAACACAGGAAGGAAGAGAGCAAUGAUGGAGCUUGUUUUACCAGUGUUAACUUGUUCUUCCCAUCCUUAUGAUUUUUAUAAGCUAAUCUUCACUAGUUGCCAUGGACCUUGCAGGGAUCAGGUUUUGCAUAUUGUGCCAGAAACAUUUCAGCAAGUCCAGCAUCUUCAGCAACUUUGCAGCACUUUACUGCUGGAUUUGUGGAAGCCCCAGCUGUCUGAAGACAUCUGGGCUGGAGAAGACCUGCACAUAAGGGUCCCAGCCCCUCUGGUGCAGGAGGUGAAAGACAGCUUAGAUCAGCAUAUGAUCUUUUACAAAGUCCUAAUACCUGACGUACAGAAGCUUGUGGAUCAGAGCAUGCCAAGGGAGAGGAGCAGCCACAGGCAGGUCUCAGAAGGUUAUGUCUACACCCAAUAUCAUCCAAUGGAAGUGAUUUAUCAAUGGAUGACUCAAAUCCAGAAGAACAACAGUGAGCUGGUGACUCAGCACUACCUGGGCAAGACAAUCGAGAAUCGAACAAUGUAUUAUCUGCAGAUCAGUCAACCAUCAGACAAAACAAAAAAGAUCAUUUGGAUGGACUGUGGGAUUCAUGCCAGAGAAUGGAUCUCUCCAGCCUUCUGCCAGUGGUUUGUGAAAGAAAUUCUUCAGAAUUACAAAUCUGACCCAAAGAUAAGCAGAUUUCUGCAGAAUUUGGACCUCUACAUCUUGCCAGUCCUCAAUAUUGAUGGCUACAUCUAUUCCUGGGAAAAAGAUCGUUUGUGGAGGAAAAACCGUUCUUCACAUAUGAAUGGCACCUGCUAUGGGACAGAUCUGAACCGAAAUUUCAAUUCUUCCUGGGGCAGUAUUGGUGUUUCUUAUAACUGCAGCAGUGAAAUCUUCUGUGGAUCUGGACCAGAAUCAGAGCCUGAGACAAGAGCUGUGGCUCAGCUUAUCGAAAGGAAGAAGAGUGACAUUUUGUGCUAUUUAACAAUUCACUCAUAUGGACAGUACAUCCUCACUCCGUAUGGUUCCACAACUAAACCUCCAAGUAACAGUGAAGAACUGAUGCAUGUUGCAAAGCAAGCAGCUGCUGCCCUGAUGGGAAAGCAUGGGACCAGUUAUGAAGUAGGAUCAACCUCUUCAAUUUUAUACAGUAACUCAGGCUCCUCACGGGACUGGGCUCACAUGAUUGGCAUUCCUUUCUCCUAUACAUUUGAACUGCGAGACAAGGGUACUCAUGGAUUUGUUCUACCCCCUGACCAGAUCCAACCCACAUGUGAGGAGACUAUGUUGGCUGUGACAACUAUCAUAGACUAUGUUGAUCAGAAGUACUUCCCCGAUGGGGCUGUGACGCUCACCUCCGGCAGCCUGGGGCUGAGCCUUUGCCUGAGUAUUGCACUUACAUGGACUGUCUCUUAAAAAGAGCUUAGAGAACCCAGCAAGAGACUCCCAUGCAAGGUACAAUGUUCCUCUGAAAAGACAAAAUUACAUGAGCAGAAGAACUAAAUGUCAAGUAUUUCAGUAAAGGCUCAUCCCACAAAAUACAAGCAUCCACUUGUGGUUUUGAUAGCUGUGUUUUAGGGAAGGAGGAAAGGAUGAAGAGCUGUGGCAAUUUCUCAAGCUUCACUUGUUAGCUCUGCAAGAAGCCAGCUUGAGUACUCACGGGGACGGAGCACUAUUACUCCCUGGUUCUUGAGCAUGUUUUCAGGGGCCCACCUGGGCCUAUGUGGCCCUUCUGUCAGCCACAGUCCUGCCCCAUCACAAUUCUCACCGCCACCUGACACCUCUGACUGCUGGAUCUUGCUGGCAUUAGCAGGACGCCUAUGAGACUUAAAUGUACCCAAUUCCCACUACAGAAAAUUGGACAGCUUCCUUGACAUCCACCUUCUGUUCUUAAACUGGGACAUCGGGAUUUACCAGAAAAUACACAGCCUCAAAAGCUGGUGAAAGGUCAUAAUCAGGCAACCAUCAACAGCAGCUUGAAACAAGCUGAAGAGUUGAGCUGAUGCAAGCGUGUGGGGACAGACAGGAGAUGUCGCCUCGUCACUUAGAUGCAGUCAGAUUAGUGAAGAUAGGAACUGCCCAAAUCCUUCAAAAUUACAAAAGAGAAAGGGAAAGGCUGGAAGGUCAGUGAAGUGCCAGAGGAAAGGAAAUGUUUCAUCCCAUUGAGAAGGCACCCUCCACCUGAGCCACUCGAAAGGAAACACCAAGGAAAGAGCUUCUGUAUUGUUACAGCCAACACCAGAGGGUGCAGGGCAUUCACUGAAAUAGAGAGGACAGAUUUUAACCUGUACUCUGCUUUUGAAUCUAGGAGUCCUGCAUCCCAGAAAUACAUCCACCAGGCUUGGCUAUUACAGAUAAUAGCAUAGAUUAUUUUUCUUCCUGAUAGAAAAUGAAGAAUUGGGGGAGGGGGGGGGGGGAAGGGGCUGGAGGAAAAAAAAAUUGUAUGAAAUGUCUGAUUUUCUUAGCAAAUUCCAAGAUUCCAUUUGAAAAUUGAAAGUGUUCUAACCACGGAUUUUCAACAAAAUAUUUUCGACUUUGGGGAAUAGAAUUUUUUUUCCCCUUGACUGCUUGAAGGCUAGUGAUGGCAAAUGCAGAUCAAGAGCUUCUGCCAAAAACUCACUAAUAAAGGACAUUGAGAGCACUGAAGUAUUACUGCCCUCAAGUUAUAAAGCACAGCAAGACUCAGUGACUUGACUAAGAUCUCAUAGAGGGUCUGUGGCAGAA